GUAAAGUAUUAUGCCUGCCUACUGAUUGUUAUUUGGAUUUUUAAAACCUACAGCAAGUAUACCUGACCAUCUCAUCAUGUCUACUGAAGCUGAAACUACUACUGUCAACACCCAGCCUGAGCAACAGGCUCCACCAAAAGCACAACCUUCAAAGAAAGAAAAGAAGAAAGGGCCAGAAAAGACAGAUGAAUCUCUCUUGGCCAGAUUCAAAGGUGAUGGUGUAAAAUACAAAGCCAAACUGAUUGGCAUUGAUGAUGUUCCAGAGGCAAGAGGAGACAAAAUGAGUCAGGAUUCAAUGAUGAAGUUGAAGGGAAUAGCAGUGGCAGCUCGUUCCCAGGGUCAACACAAACAGAAGAUCUGGGUGAACAUCUCCCUCUCUGGUAUCAAGAUAAUAGAUGAGAAAACUGGGGUCAUAGAGCAUGAGCAUCCAGUGAACAAAAUCUCCUUUAUUGCUCGGGAUGUAACAGACAAUCGUGCCUUUGGCUAUAUUUGUGGAGGAGAAGGCCAGCACCAAUUUUUUGCCAUCAAAACAGCACAACAGGCUGAGCCUCUAGUUGUUGAUCUUAAGGACCUCUUCCAACUAAUAUAUAAUAUGAAGAAGAAGGAGGAAGAAGAAUGCAAGAAAAAGAGUGAAGAAGCAAGUAAGACUCAGAAUGGUAGUGAAGCACUACCUGCUGAUCAAGCUGACAAAACAAAACUGGGAGUUGACCAGAUGGACUUGUUUGGGGAUAUGUCAACACCGCCUGAUAUGAGCAGUCCCACAGAAGCUAAAGAGAUUCUGUUAGUGGAUCUAAAUUCUGAAAUUGAGACCAAACAGACUUUUACAAAAGAGGACCUCUUCUUGAAUGGCAUCACAACCUCUCUUCCACAACCAAAGCCACAGCCACCCUUCUUGUCUGAGAGUUCUUUCUCUACCAAUCUCAGCUUCUUUCCCACACCUAAUCCAGACCCUUUCAGUGAUGAUCCUUUCGCACAGCCGGACCAAUCUGCACUGCCUUCAUUUGAUUCUCUAAAAUCUGCUGAUCAGAAGAAGGAAAGUCUGAGUACCUUGACACCGGUGGGUAAUGGUGCUUCAAAUGGUGAUAUUGACUACUUUGGUAAACAGUUUGACCAGAUUUCUAAUAGAACUGGCAAACGAGAAGCACUAACAAGCCAGUGGCCAUUUGAGAGUAAGUUGCCUGCAGCAAGAACUCCAAAUGGGGUACCAGAGAGAGAACAGAAUGGCUUUCUUGAAGCCCUGUCAAACCAGUUUGUGGAAGGUCCUUCCAAAGGAGUAUCUCUGCAGAAUGGAGUAAAGCUGGAUUCUGAAAGCAAUAUCCAGCUUAUGUCACAUGAGUCUAUAACAAUUAGCCCACCACCACAAAGUACCAAGCCAGGAAGAGGAAGGAGGUCUGUCAAGACUGCAUCAAAUGACUUCUUUGGCCCAGACUUCUUUGUGCCGACUACAGAGAGCCUUAGCUUGACCUCAGUGGCACAAACAGGACCUGUGCCAACUAGUCCACUGGACCUCUUCAAAACAACUUCUACGACAGCAUCUCCAUUGGCUGGUUUAGGUGGCUUGCCAGUAACUUCAUCACCAUGGAGUGCACAGACACCUGCCUUCACUCAGGCUGCAUCAGUCUUUCCUGGGUCUAUGAUGCCUGCUCAGUCCACAGGGUUUACUCAAUCACUUGCCUUUGGUACUCAAGCAGUGCCAAGCUGGAGCCAGGCUGCAUCUUUUGGUCCAGUAGCUCCUCAGACCUCUGGUCUCUGGGCCCAGCCAGCACAAGUUCCAUCUAGUUCAUGGGUGCAGCCAUCCAGUGCUGUAAAUCCCUUCCAGAGUAGUGUGUUCCCAUCUUCAACACUACCUGCUCAGACACCAUCUGUACUGCCCUCAAUGUCAACAACUAGCCCACCUCAGCCACCACCUAGAACUGCACCUCAGAAGGAGUUAUCCAAGAAAGAGAGUGAUGCUUUCAUCGCUCUGGAUCCACUUGGUGAUAAGGAGAUAAAGGAUGUCAAGGAAAUGUUCAAGGACUUCCAGCUGACAAAGCCACCUGCAGUACCAGCAAGGAGAGGAGAGCAGCAAAGCCUUUCAGAACCACCGAAGCCUGUUCCCCGACAAAGUGUGCUGCCAGCUGAUGGCCUGUUUGAAAGUCAAGCUAAAACAGACCUUUUCAGUGCCCCAUCU